UACGAAAUGUCAUUGUCAAUAAAAUUGUUUUACUUGCGCGUUAUCAUUUCUGUGCACAAAAAUAACAACAAAGUUCUUUUAUAACUAAGAACCCGCAUAGUAUAUCGCUAAAUUGAUGUAAGAUCCUCCGCCAUGAGUACAAUUGGCAUUGUACAAAUACAUGAGUCGAUAAAACGCGGGAGAGGUCACUAUUGCGGUAUAUGUUUUCGUUCUACAGUGGAGACGAGACUCGUCAAGCCUGUACAUUUGAGGAACUUAAUAAGUAAAUUGGCAAUUCGUUUUAGGGGGGCAAUCCAAGUAUGCGUCAUAUGCGAAGCCCUAGCGCUAUCAGCGGCCCGGUUCGUCAGAACCCUAGAGCUGGCCGCUCGGGUGAGCGAUCUGUUCACCAACAUGGACGCGGCGCAGUUGAAGUAUGUUCUCAAGUGUGUGGAGGCGCCAAACGCACACCCUAAGGUGUUAAACGAUGAAAGUAUCUCCCGGCGAGCCCUGGAUCUGGACGCAGCGCUGCGUGAGGUCCCGCGUUACGAGCUCCGCCGCACCGACACGCUGGUGGUGCCCUCACCGCCGCAACGGCAAGACAUGAUGGUAGUCAUGCAACACGGCAACCCACCCAUGCCUGCCCUGGCGCCCAUAGUAAUGGCACCCACGAUGGCGCCCACGGCGCCCGCGUUAGCUCCCAUGAGCUGA